GCGCCGGCUGCACGGCUCCGGAUCACUCAGCCGUGUGAUACGCGCUGAAUGGGCUCAACAUGGCGGAAACUCUCGCACCUACUCCGGCUCUUGCUGUCUCUCCAUCCCGCUGCAGAAUCUGUUUGUUAUAAAGUUUCCUGGAGGAGUUUUUCUGGAAACACUGGCGUCAGAUGAGAGACCGUGAAACUCCGGUGAAGAUGAACGGCGCACGCGCAGGGGUCCCGGGCUCUCCUUCAUCCCCGUCCCGGCCCGCAGAGCACGUGCUGAACUCCGGAGCGGUCAUAUUCCCCGGUGUGUUUGACCAGCACGGCUGUCCUCUGGUCCUGUUCCCUGCGGAGGCGCAGUGUAAACUCUCAGAGGAGCUGAGCAGAGAGGAGGUGUCGCACUUCAUACACUACUGUCUGCGCCUGCACAAUAUCAGAGGCGAGGACAGUCUGCUGUCUGUGGUGGUUGAUUUGAGACAAGCCAGCGUCACCAUCGCACGGUUUAUCGCUGAAACGCUUCUGUUGUUGGAGUUUGACAGGAGGAUCAUCCAUUCUGUGUAUAUUGUUCAGCCAAAGAAGAAAGAUGUGCAGAAGCAGCUGGGGAAACUCCUGACGCAGAGCGGGUCCAAGCAGCACAGACCCGUCCUCUUCAAACGCAUUUUCCUCAAAGAGGUUUUUGAACUUUCCAACUACAUCGACAGAAGCCAGUUACCGUCCAGUUUGGGUGGAUACCUCAUCUACUGCCAUAAGAGCUGGGCUGCCUUCGUGAAGGAGAUUGACACGUUUGUGCAGGAGUUCCUGUUGGUGGUGAACAGACUGCCGUCCUGCAUCUCGACUCUACAGUCGCUCUCAAAACUUCCCGUUCCUGCAGACUUUGAGCGGCUCCGAGAGUUUUGCUCUGUGAACGAGGGCCGUUUCCAGCAGCUGAGGAGGGAUCUUGGUUUAGAUGACUUGUUGAAGCAUUGUGAGUGUUUGUUGGAGAAGCUGCGUUUCCCGGAGAAUGAGCCCUGCUUUCAUGCCAUGGCUGGAACGGUCCUCUACACACACACCGCACUAGAGAUGCUCCGCAACUACAACCGGAUAACGGCAGCGGUGGAGAAGGUGGAGUUGCUGUGGCAACAGGCCUUCUCCAAAGCCCAUGUCCAGCUGCAGGUGCUCCGUCUACAGCGAGAAGCUCAACAGAUCCAGGAGCAGAUGGUGGCGCUGCACAGGCAGAAGGUGCAGCCGUACAGGACUGAAGUGGCUAAAGACGCCCACAGGGCUGAAGAGCUCCGGCUGCAGUUUGAGGCGUCAGUUUACACUCAUGCCAUGGCACUAGUUCGUCGUGCUGAGGACGUCAUCCACACAUUAGCAGAGACCAUUCCGAUAACUGAGAGGAAGCCUGCGGAGCCGUGGCUGGAUGAUUUGGCCAGGUUAAAGGAGAACCUCUUCUCUGCUGUUCAACAUCCGUACCAGAUCCUGAGGAGCGUGUCUGACUUCCAUCACACCUGUAACAGAUGCAAGAGCUGGUACGAGCGAGUGCUUGGCGAGAGCCUCCUGCAGGAGCUGCUGUGGACCGAACACUGUGAGGGUCUGAGCGAGGGCGGAUCUUCAUCUGACCUGCGCUCCGGCUCGUCCACCUGGAGACGAGGAGUCCAGACCUUCCUCAGGAGAAAUCCCUGUCCGGAGGUGCAGGAGCUGGUGAAGCUGGCACGUCUCUCUAACACUAUAACUGACCCCAACCUUCAGCAGACGGGCACACAGCUGUCUCACAGAUGCAUGACUCUGAGGAGACUCUUGACCUCACCGGGUGCUGUUCCCCUUCAUGACCUUCAUCUUGCCCUCCAGUGGCAGUACGAGUACCUCAAGGGUCACCACAAGACCUCUGACAUCACUUCCGUUGAGGAUCAGUGCAAUACCUGUAGUCUGCCUCCAGAAUCUGUCCAACCGGCACUUGUGGUUUCUCCGUGUGAGAGCUUGUGCGAUUUGACCAAGUGGCCUUCAGUUGGGGACUGUCAUCAGCAGGCCUCGCCCAGUGGAGCCACAGCCAAACCUCCGUCUCUCAGCUCUUUCGACUCUGGCUUUGAUGGAGCAGGUAACAGUCAUCUGGAUAGCAAGAGCAGAAGGGAUAUUCUCCCUAGGUUUCUGGGAAAUGGAGACUCCGCUUUUAAAUCAAAACCCCUUCACGGUCAGAUUCACGAGGAGAACAUUGUGAGCGUGUCUGACUCUGAGGACCAGCGUGAAGAACUAGGGUUUGGUUUACAGCGGGAUGCCACCCGGGCCAGUAUUCAGAUCGUUCCCAAAAUAACCUCAGACUCUGUGAACCUGGAGAUCAAAGUGAAGCGGUCGGCCACACUACCCAAGAACCCCUGGCUGAGCCUCCCGAUAGAUGAUCUGGAAAGCUCUUAUACGGUUACCAUUACCCCCAACUCCUCCAACCCGCGGAGGGACCUGAGGAGCCCCAGUCCCUCUGAACGCUCAGACUGGGCACGAGACCAGCCAACGCAGACGGACGGCAAACACCAGCAGAGUCACCAGAGCUUUGAGGAGUCGGAGCUGAAUCCUGUAGGCAAUGUCCUGUCCAGUACCUUAACGGAUAAUGAAGAGAAACUCAGCAGCACCGUGGAUGGAGAUCCUUCUCUUCUCUGGGACUCGUUCGAUCUGCACAACCUCAGACGGGACUCUUUUGAACGGUUGGACGUGUCUCUCGGAGACUGGGUUCAGAGAGAGCAACAAGAGCUGAAGGAGGUGGAGGAGACGUUAGAGCGAACAGCUGAGAUAUUACAGACAACAACGUUGUCAAACGAUCCCUGUUCACAAGGAUCCGUGAAAAUGACAAACGCUGUAUUCUGCUGCCAGGAGGAAGAGAAUGUGCUUGCACAGGAAGUGGUCCUGGAUGAGCUGUUGAGGUCAGAGGACCUACACAAACACUGGCCCUCAUGGACUGAAGGACACCAGCACAGUAUGAUGUCCCCAAGUGAUCUGGCUGAAUCUGGCGUGAUCGGAUUGGAUGAUGUCCUUCAGAGUGAACUUGCUUCUCUGGACUGCGAGACUCUGAAAACUAGUGAAAGUGACUCGGACACUCCAGGAUUAGCCAAUGAAAGUCCAUCAACGAGUGAAAGGCCUGUGCAGCUGGACACUAGAUGUCCUGAGGUAGACAACAUGGGGAUCCUUCGAGAGCUUAGAGAUCUUCAAGUUCUUGAGGAGCAAAUUAAGGAGGAGCAAUUGAAACUGGAAGCACUACGCUGCACUGAGACUGAGAGGCUUCAGUCAGAAGAACGAACGCUGGAUCAUGUCACAACACGCAGCUCCUGCAGGGAGAGGAGGAUGUUCCUGGCACAGCUAGAGAAGGAGAAACAGGAAGUGGAGAUGAUGGAGAGAAGCCUGAGCAGAGAGAUGGAGAAAGCGGGAAAGGCGAGGAAGAGGUCAAGCAAAGGCCACAGAGUUGUCAAAUGUUCAGUCAUGGAGAGGAACUUGAAGCUGAAAGAUCUGGACGGCGAGUUGUUGAGGAACUGUAGGCUCCAGCAGCAGAGUCCUGAAUCUGUUCAUCAUGACCCUCAGCAUACAGAUGUGGAGAAGCCAGAUUCUCGUUUUAUUUUAAACACAGAGGAGUGCAGCAGUGCAGUGCCUCCAAAACCAGCUGAAGAAAAUGCCAGUCUCACAGACUCGAGUGUGACUCCUGAGCCUUUGAGUUCAACAAGCCGGUCUGUUCCUACCACAAGCCUGAGUGAGAUUGAGAUCGAAGGUCCUGCAGCGCCUGACUCUGUUCCCUGCUCUGAAUCCCUUCAGGAUGCCCAGUCUUGUCAUGAAGAGCAUUCUGUGUUGAGCAGUUUGUCUGGUACUCCUGAUCAGAAACUGGAAGCCAUGGACUCCUCUGAAGGCCCAAACGUCCAUCCUGAGCAUCCAAAGGCUGAAACGUCUUCCUGCGACUGUCCAGACGGUGGUGAUUCUGCUGCGGAUAAAGUUGAGCUGGAGACUAGUGAAGCGCCCCCAACCCAGAAGAGCAGCGUCGUGCGAGAUGCGUUUGAUCCAGGAGGUGUCAUGAUCGCUCCAGUGCCUGCACCGCGGAGGGCCUUUCCUCUCAACGACCAGCAGAGACGACCAUCAGCCUCUGAACAGGUGGAAUCAGAGCUCUCCUCCGCUACCUCAAAGCUUGAGGCCUGCACACAGAGCACAUCUCAAGGCCUGCACAUGCAGAACAAUAACAACAACACCGCAGUGGUGUGCAGUGAAGAGACCCAAGAGAUCUCAGGCUCCUCCACGACCGCCCCAGAGACACAGGUGCUACCCUGCCAUGACGACAACUCCACGACUGGGCCGUAUGCGGGCCGUGAUGUUGUUUCCGAUGACUGUGGAGGCUCCAUGAGAACAGUCUGCAGAUCUCCAAUCAGCCAGCUGCAGCUGAACGCCUCCACUAGACAGAUGAGUGAUUAUAAGACGCCCAUCGUGCUGGACACAGGGUCUGGUUUGAUGAAGGCAGGGUUUGCAGACCAGGAUCUUCCAACUACGGUGUUCCCGACGGUCAUCGGCCAUCCCAAAUAUGAGGAAAUAAUGAACGGUAGUGUGGACAGAGAGGUGUACAUUGGGCAUGAUGCGCAGUACAUGAGAGGAGUGCUAACACUGAAAUAUCCCAUCAGGAACGGCGUUGUACGCAACUGGGAUGAGAUGGAGAUGAUCUGGCAUCACGCGUUCCAGCAGCUGUCUGUGUGUCCCGAGGAUCACCCGGUGCUGCUGACCGAAGCCGCCAUGAACCCGGUGGAGAACCGGCAGCGGAUGGUGGAGCUGAUGUUCGAGGCCUUUGGCGUCCCGCUCACAUUUGUGGCUCUGCAGGCUGUGCUGGCUCUCUACGCCUCGGGACGGACCACCGGUGUGGUGCUGGACUCUGGAGACGGUGUCAGUCACAGUGUUCCCGUGUUCGAGGGUUACUGUCUGCCUCACGCCGUCCAGCGCUUCAGCCUCGCCGGGGCCGACGUCACCCUGCAGCUGCAGAAGCUGCUGCUGGAGCAGGGCGUGUGUAUGCGGACGUCAGCAGAGCUGGAGAUCGUGCGAGAGAUGAAGGAGAGCUGCUGUUGUGUGGCUCUGGAUUAUGAAGCCGAGCUGAAGAGCGCAGGAACGGCCUCCUCAGAAGUGCACUACACGCUCCCUGACGGACGGGUCGUCUCGCUGUCCUCCGAACGCUUCCGGGCACCUGAAAUCCUCUUCAGGCCGGAGCUGAUUGGACGAGAUCAUUACGGGAUGCACGAGAGCGUCUUCAAGUCCGUUCUGCGGUCAGACAUCGACCUCCGGCGCAGUUUUGUGGGAAACAUCCUUCUGUCAGGCGGGAACACGCUGCUGCCGGGCCUCCCCGAGCGUCUGCAGCAGGAGAUCAGACACAUGGUUCCUGCAGAUCUGAGCACGUGCGUGCGGGUCAUCAGCCCGCGGGAGCGAGACUUCUCCGUGUGGAGCGGUGGAGCGGCGCUGGCCCUCAUGCCCGACCUCGGCAGCGCCUGGAUCAGUGCGGAGGAGUACGAGGAGUUCGGCCCGCAGAUCGUCUUCAGGAAGUGCUUCUGAGCUGAUCUUAAUGUGUUUUUAAGACUUUUUAGACAGGGUUUUUUUUUGUUUUUGGUGCUGUAGAGUCCACUGAUAGUGCCAAGUGUUCAUCUGAGUCUUUUAGGACUCAAUAUAUGAGUCCGUGUUUUAAUAUCUGCAGGUUUCCAAGAGGAAAAACGACCCUUUUUAAGCUCUUCACACUUAUACUGGUUGUAUCAAUCAGACUGUCCGUCUCUUCAACACAUUAAUUAUAAUAUAAUCAAUCAUAUCUAAUAUGUAAAUUAUAUAUGUCUGUGUGUUUAACAUAUCUAUGAGAUAUUAAUAUGACCUUUUCAGUGUUCUGAUGCUUUUCAUGAGGCUGAUGGUGCAACUAUUAAAUGUACGGAUCCGGUUCCCAUCGGGUUGGACUGAACGUGAGGAGCUUCAGUGACGCAUCACUUCCUCCAUAUGCAGUUUCUCAACUUUUCCUCUGACACCUGUGUUUGUGUUUGUUUUUCUGAGCAGGAUUGAUUGGUUUUAUUUGCAUGAAUUUCACUUCACAUCUUUCCUUUUGUAUUUUCACAUGGUUGUUUUGUUUCAUCUGAGAGAUGCAUAUGGAUGGAUUGUGGGUACUGAAGGCUUUCCGUCAGUCUUUGGCCUCGUGGUGAUUCUCGUCUGAAGUGUGCUGUUAAUCUCUGUGAGGUUUGCUCUUGUUUACAUGUUCAUGAGCUGAUCCAAAUCCUGUCAUGUGUUCAGCGUGUAAUGCGCUGAAUAUGUUGCUCAAUGUAUUUGCCUUGAAUGCACAUGAUCCCCAGCACACGUUUGGCAUCAGCGUCUGUUAAGUGGGUAAUGCCUGGACCUUUUUACAAUAAAUAUUACUUCUAAACAA